AUGGCUCAGGAAAAAGUAUUUCAUCCUCGAAGCUGGCUGGAAUGUAAUGUAUUACUAGCAUUAUUGACUAUACAUGCUGUAGAUAGUGGAGUCCAGACUGAAGAAAUAGCCCAUGAUUAUGAGGAAAAGAAUAAUCACCGGGUUAUGAACGAACUUAAAGUGUUCCGCCAGCAUCUCCUUGAUUAUAAUAAAAGAACUUUUGAAAAAUUCAUGCAAGACAUAGAAAGUAAAUAUAGAGAGCAGGUUACUGCAAAUAAAAAAUUACAAUGCGAAAUUGAGGAUCUGAAGAUGCAGUUGCUGGAGGCGGAAAGAGAGCUAGCAUCUAUGAAACCACAUCCAAGACAGAGGAGAACGCCUGAAGAAUAUAAGGCAGAGCUAGAGGAUGAUAACAUUAAUCUUAGAGAUGCAUUGAAAUCAGAAAUAGAAAUUAAUCAUCAGAAUGAGAAGCGGAUCAAAGAACUAGAGCGAGAAUAUACCCAGUGUAAGCAAGAAAUCCAGAAUUUCAAUAAAGAAAUAGAGUGUCUAGAGAAUACUUCAGAAGAAGAGAUAGCAGAAUUAAGAUCUGAAAUCUUCAGACUAAAAAAUCAGCUAAAUCAAGCUAGGAAAGAUGUUUGA